AUGGCUGAAGCAACUGCCGCCGACGGUCAGAUGAAGGAUCUCAAGAUCUCUGAGGUCAAGAAGAACAAGAAGGAUGGCACCCCCAAGACUGCGGCAAAGAAGCCACAACAACAGAAGAAGAAGAUUGAGGGCGCUGCUCUAAUCGGUAUUGACGUCGCAAAAGAAGCCGACCUUUCAGAAUGGUAUCAGCAAGUUAUCACCAAGGGACAGAUGAUUUCCUACUACGAUGUCGCGGGCUGCUAUAUCUUGGAGCCUGGCAGUUAUGCUAUCUGGGAGAACAUCAAGACAUGGUUCGAUGCCAAGAUCAAGACCCUCAAAGUCCGCAAUGCCUAUUUCCCCAUCUUCAUCAGCUCCGACAAUCUCGAGCGUGAGAAGGAGCAUCUUGAAGGUUUCGCAGCUGAGGUGGCAUGGGUAACUAAAGGCGGCAAGUCUGACCUUGAGAAGCCUGUUGCUGUCCGUCCUACCAGUGAAACGGCCAUGUACCCUCAUUUCGCUCGCAAGAUUCAAUCUCACCGAGAUCUUCCCCUCAAGCUGAACCAGUGGAACAACGUUGUCCGAUGGGAGUUCAAACACCCGAUGCCCUUCAUCCGAUCAAGAGAGUUCCUCUGGCAAGAAGGUCACACGGCGCAUUUGACUCAAGAGCAGGCCACGGAAGAAGUCCUUCAGAUCCUGGACUGGUACGCUGAUGUGUACCAGGAGCUUCUUGCUGUGCCGGUGGUCAAGGGUACUAAGACCGUAAACGAGAAGUUUCCCGGCGCCGACUUCACCACCACCAUUGAGGGCUUCAUUCCCGCCACCGGAAGAGGCAUCCAGGCAGCUACAUCCCAUGCGCUUGGCCAGCAUUUCUCGAAGAUGUUCAACAUCACUGUGGAAGACCCGGCAGCCAAGGAGGCUGGAAAAUCGGAGCAUGUACACGUGUGGCAAAACUCCUGGGGUCUCACCACUCGUUCCAUUGGUGUCAUGAUCCUCACUCACGGUGACAACCGUGGACUAGUUAUCCCUCCACGUGUGGCUGAGAUCCAGGUCGUCAUCAUCCCCGCUGGUGUGACUGCUAAGACCUCUGCCGAAGCAAAGGAGGAUCUUUACAAGAAGGUCGACAACAUCAAGAGCGAUCUCGAGUCUGUGGGCGUUCGCGUCGAGACCGAUCUCAGGGAAGGUUACUCCCCAGGCUUUAAAUUUAACGACUGGGAGAUGAAGGGUAUCCCGCUUCGUAUCGAGUUCGGUCCUAAGGAUGCGGAGAAGGGCCAGGUCACAACCUCUCGCCGUGACAUCGAUGAUAAGACGGCGGCGCGUGGCGAGACUAAGAUUGAAGACCUCAAGGAGGCAAUUCCCAAGCUCCUCGAGCAGAUCCAGAAGGACAUGCUUGCCAAGGCCACAAAGGCCUACGACGAGCACCGCGUCCAGCUCACAAACUGGGAUGAGUUUGUGCCCACCCUCAACGGCAAGAACGUUAUUCUUGUCCCUCACUGCGAGGGCGACAAGUGUGAAGACGAGGUUAAGGCAAAGAGUGCCAGGACGGCACUCGGCGAUGGCGUUGCCGAGGACAAGCAGGCUCCAGCUAUGGGUGCGAAGAGCUUGUGCAUUCCCUUCGACCAACCGGAGGGUAUUAAGGAGGGUGAAACCAAGUGCAUUAACCCUGACUGCAAGGACUUCGCCAAGAAGUGGGUGUUGUUCGGCCGCAGCUACUAG